AUGGCAACUUCAUCUGUGUUGUAUGCCGCCGCAAAGGAGAUCGGUGUCACGUGCGAUGCUACAAACCGCGACUUCCUGCAAUGCAAAGUCGCUGACGAGGACCCCGCCGCCUGUUUGGACAAAGGCGAAGCCGUUCAGGCGUGUGCCUUGGGUGUUCUCAAGUCCGCCAUGGAGACAUGUAAGGAGUCGUUCCAAGCGUACGCGGAUUGCAUAGAUUCACAGAUUUCCGAGGAGUACAUGUUCGAGAGAUGCAGAAAGGAGGAACAUACGUUUGCCAAUUGUCGAAGUGCUGCGAAGGGUGCGAAUUCUGUUGUUGCGUCGGCGACGACGGAGAAAAGUUCACAAAGUCCGCGUGAUGAGAACAAGAGCAGUACAUUCAAGUAA